GCGGGGGAGGCCGGCGGCGCGGCCCGCAGCAGCGUGGCGGGGGCGCCGAGGCCCGGGCAGCUGCGGGAGAAGCGGCGGCCCCAGCCCCCGCCUUUGCGGCCAGAGUCUCACCCGACGUUUCCCGGGCUCGUCAGAUGUGAAUCCGAUGGAGCGGCCCGGGGAAGGAGAGCAGCUGCCGCAGCAGCAGCCGUGGGGGAGGCUCCUCCGCCUGGGCGCCGAGGAGGGUGAGCCGCACGUCCUCCUGAGAAAGCGGGAGUGGACCAUCGGGCGGAGAAAAGGUUGUGACCUUUCAUUCCCUGGCAAUAAACUGGUCUCUGGAGAUCACUGUAAAAUUGUAGUGGAUGAAAAAUCUGGUCAGGUGUCGCUGGAAGAUACCAGCACUAAUGGAACAAUAAUUAACAAGCUGAAGGUUGUUAAGAAGCAGACCUGCCCCUUACAGACUGGAGAUGUCAUCUACUUGGUGUAUAGGAAGAAUGAGCCAGAACACAAUGUGGCAUACCUCUAUGAAUCCCUAAGUGAGAAGCAAGGCUUGACAAGGGACUCCUCUGAAGCGAAUAAAGAAAAUGUGUUCCAUGUGACCAAAGAUACCUCAGGUGCAGGGCAAGGCGAUGGUCCCCAGGUCCUACCGUCAUCGCCCGCCACUCAGGGGUGCUUUGAGGAACCACAGCCAUCAACGUCGACGUCAGACCUCUUCCCCACGGCCUCUACCUCUUCCGUGGAGCCCGCUUCUGCAGGGCGAGGACCACCCUCCAGCUCCGGCUCCAGAGGUGCAGGUGCUUCCCCAAAAGGGUGUGGUCUAUCUGUGACCAGUGGUGACAUUGCCAGCUUCCCCUCGGCCCUCCCAGAUAGGGAGGGAGCCCCCUUUCCUCUGUCAGAAUCCCAGGAUCAGGAAGAUCUGGAGCCCGUCAAGAAGAGAAUAAAAGCAGAUGGGGAGCCCCACCUGAAGCUGCCCAUGUUGGUGGCAGACCAGUGCAGGGAUGCCCAGGCCAGCCUGGACGUCAGGGCUGCAGCCACGAAGCCAGAUAAGAUGGAAGAGACACUCACGUGCAUCAUCUGCCAGGACCUACUGCACGAUUGUGUGAGCCUGCAGCCCUGCAUGCACACCUUCUGUGCCGCCUGCUACUCAGGCUGGAUGGAGCGUUCCACCCUGUGCCCCACCUGCCGCUGUCCAGUGGAGCGGAUCUGUAAAAACCACAUCCUCAACAACCUGGUGGAGGCGUACCUGCUGCAGCACCCAGACAAGGGCCGCAGUGAGGAGGACGUGCGCAGCAUGGCUGCGCGGAACAAGAUCACUCAGGACAUGCUGCAGCCCAAGGUCAGACGGGCCUUCUCUGACGAGGAGGGGAGUUCUGAGGACCUACUGGAGUUGUCAGAUGUGGACAGUGAAGCCUCGGACGUUAGCCAGCCCUACAUUGUGUGCCGGCAGUGCCCUGAGUACCGAAGGCAGGCCGGGCAGCCUCUUCCCUGCCCUGGUCCUGGCAGUGAGCCGGGGGCACCACAGGCCCCCUCGGAGGCACCAUCAACAUCGACCAGCGUCACAACAGCCCAGGACUACGUGUGCGCCCUGCAGGGAAGCCACGCCAUCUGCACCUGCUGCUUCCAGCCUAUGCCGGACCGGAGGGCAGAACGCGAGCAGGACCCCCGAAUCGCCCCCCAGCAGUGUGCCGUUUGCCUGCAGCCCUUUUGCCACCUGUACUGGGGCUGUGCCCGGACCGGCUGCCUCGGCUGCCUGGCCCCAUUCUGCGAACUCAAUCUGGGUGACCGGUGUCUGGAUGGGGUGCUGAGCAACAACAACUAUGAGUCGGAUGUCCUGAAGAAUUACCUGGCCACCAGGGGCCUGACAUGGAGAAACAUGUUGACGGAAAGCCUGGUGGCCCUGCAGAGGGGCGUGUUCUUGCUGUCUGAUUACAGAGUCACUGGGAACACCGUGCUGUGCUACUGCUGCGGCCUGCGGAGCUUCCGUGAGCUGACCUACCAGUACCGGCAGAACAUUCCCGCUUCCGAGCUGCCAGUGGCUGUGACGUCCCGUCCUGAUUGCUACUGGGGCCGCAACUGCCGCACUCAGGUGAAGGCCCACCACGCAAUGAAAUUCAAUCACAUCUGUGAACAGACGAGGUUCAAGAACUAAACGUCCAGUGGGACACCGUGACGGCUUGGGAGUGUUGGAGGUCAAAGACACAUGUUUCAGAAAAUACUGAAUACAAACAUUGUUUAGGGCAUUUUACGGUGCUGGGGCUCCUUGUGUGCGGCACUCUGAUAGGACUUUUCUCUUGUGGAGAGACCCUCUUGGUGAGAAUCCCACAGACUAGGGGUGCCCAGAGCCCUCCCGCCACAAGAACAGCCCCCAGCCGACCCUUCCCAUUGAGAUGGAGAUGCACAUUUGCUCUGUACCUUUCCCACAGCCAUGGUCAGAGCAGCGUCUCUCUUCCAGAAAAGCGUCAUGGUAGAAAAAGGAGUUUGUUGGAAGCGUCAUGUGGUUUGAGGAAAGGCAGCACAAGUUUACAGCCCGUGGGUCGCACAGCGUCCUGGGUGGGCGCCAGAGCGGCUGCUGUGGGUAUUUUCAUGGAUUCGGUGCUUAUCUUCUAAUAAGACCUAAAUAUCUCAAACUGUAGCACAAAUGAUAUCAUUUAUAACUUACAAAUUGACUAAAAUUGGGGGUGAUGUGAUAUUUGAAAGAAUAAGCAUAUGUUUCUGCUACUCCGGACCCCAGAGCCUCUGUGGAGCUGAGCCGCCCGCUGCUCCUCAGCACAACUGCAGCUCCGCCAGGCUGUCCUGCCAGGGUUCGGGGCCCAGGGCCAGGGUGCAGUUGACCCUGGUAGUGCCCCCAGCCAACCCAGAGUGUAAGGGGCCUUGGCCUCCCUGCCCCUUCCUCCUGCGUUGGGUUUGCCAUGUCAUCUGGAAUAAUACUUGAAAUUUUGUUCUUUGUUUUAAAAAAAAAAAAAAAAAAGUUUUUUUUUUAAUCUGUUGAAAUCACCAGUUAUGUUUGUCGACAAAAUUGUAAAUUUUUUGCUUCUUCUCAGGAAUACAAUUUUCAGCUUUGUCUUGCUCUUGAUACAGACUCUGAGAAGCAGCGCUCUGUGGAAGAAGGCCGCCUUCCCGGGUUCCAAUAAACAAGCCUUGUCUGUUUCUCUC